UUAUCAAUUUUCUGUAACUUGUUGAUCUUUCCACCAAAAAUGGCUUCGUCGUACACAAUGAAUAUUGUUGAUAACAUCCAUGUCUCCGCCCCGGCUGGGUCAGUUCCCACAACAACUCUUCCUCUCACUUAUUUUGACAUCCCAUGGUUUCAUUCGGCUCCCAUGCAGAGCCUUUUCUUCUACGAAUACCUUCACCCUACCUCUCAUUUCAUGCAAACCACGCUCCCAAUUUUCAAACACUCUCUUUCCCUAACUCUUCAACAUUUUUUCCCACUUGCAGCGAAACUCAUGUGCCCUCCACCGCCACUCAAGCCUUAUAUCCUUUACACAGACGGCGAUUCUGUUCCUCUUAUCAUUGCCGAAUCCACCGCUGAUGUCAACCAUCUCAAAGCCAAUUAUCCACGAGAUAUCAAAUUGCUACACCCCUUUGUUUCCCAAUUGCCACCAUCGACUAUAACAUCAGAUGGCAUACGGGUGCUACCCAUCAUGGCCUUCAAGGUCACAGUGUUUCCAAACACUGGCAUUUGCAUUGGGAUGGCGCAUAAUCAUGUAGCAGCUGAUGGAUCCGCAUUCAUGCACUUCGUGAGAUCUUGGUCAUCCGUGUGUAAGUCAAAAGGAGACUUGACAUUCCUCGAUGACGUAUCGCGACGACCUUUUCAUAACAGGGAUGCGAUCAAAGACCCUGCUGGGUGCAACGACGUGGCCCUAAAAGGCUACUGGCAUUGGGUUUCAUCUUGGAGAGAGAACCUUGGCCCAACCAAGGAAAUGUCGGUAGACAGAGUUCGAGCCACAUUUGUACUGACCCGAGAUCAAAUCCUGAAACUCAAGCAGUGGCUCGGGAUUCAAUGCAAGAACAACAGCAAUAAUUUCGAAGAACUGCAGAUAUCAGCAUUUGUGGUCACCUGCUCUAUCAUGUGGAUAUGUAUGAUCAAGUCGCAAGAGAAUGAACUAGGAGCAAAUAGUUAUGAUGUUGAUGAUAAGUUUUACUACUUCCUUUUUGCGGUCGAUUGCCGAGGCCGUAUUGAAUUUCCUCUGCCUGUGACAUAUUUUGGAAACUGUCUAGCGCCCGGUAUCAUACGAGCCAAGAAGGGUGAGCUGAUGGGGGUAAACGGGAUAGUUGCAGCCGCGAAAGCAAUUGCAAAAAAAGUUAAAGAGAUGGAGAUUGGAGCCCUGAAAGAAGUAGAAAAAGGACCGUCAAACCUUGAAGAAAUGUUUAGAUCGGGGCAUCAAUAUCAUGUUGGGAUUUCUGGUUCACCAAAAUUACGUUUAUAUGAUAUGGAUUAUGGGUGGGGGAGGCCUAUAAAGAUUGAGUUUAUUCACAUUGACGAUGGUGGAUCUUUGUCCCUUGCCGAGUCUAGAGACGAACCAGGUGGCAUGGAAGUUUCCUUGGUUCUUAGAGAGAAUCAAAUGGAUGCAUUCACUGCAGCUUUUGCAGAAAGCUUAAAGGUUUUUUAAUUAAGAAUUCAAGCCAUCUCUUGUCUUCGGGUCUUCCAUAUGUUUUCAAGCUGAACAUCAGCUAGCAGAUCAUGCACCUACGAUAUCACCGUCCUUAGAGCCAAAACUCUUGAUUACUUGUAGCUAUAAUUUACACUUUCUGAGGGAGGAAAUACCUUUUCAGAGAGAUGUCAAGUUACUAUUACUAUGUACGAUCAUAUCGAAUUCCAUCUGUUGUUGAAGUUUUAG